AAGUGAAUGAGGCGCGCGCCGGCGGCAGAGCGCCUCUCGGAGCUGGGCUUUCCCCCGCAGCGCGGGCGCCAGGAGCCGCCUUUUCCGCUGGGUGUCACUCGGGGGUGGGGGGUAUGGCCCAUUCAAAAGCGCCGCGAGGGGGCCCGGCCAGUGCCCUUCAGUGAGCGCUCGCAAGAGGACGGCAGAGGCCCGGCGUCUCGCAGCUCCGGGACCUUGAGGCGCAUCAGGACGCGGCUGCCCUGCUGCCCGGACCCCGAGCCGCCGCCGCCGCCGCCGCCGCCGCCGCCGCUCUGCUUUCUGCGCGUUAGCCUCCUCUGCGCGCUCCGGCCCGGAGGCCGCGGGAGCCGUUGGGGCGAGGACGGCGCGCGGCUGCUGCUGCUGCCCCCGACCCGGGCGGCUGGAAGUGGAGAGGCCGAGCCGAGCGGCGGCGCCCCCUAUGCCGGGAGGAUGUUGGAGAGCAGCGGCUGCAAGGCGCUGAAGGAGGGGGUGUUGGAGAAGCGCAGCGACGGGCUGCUGCAGCUCUGGAAGAAAAAGUGCUGCAUCCUCACCGAGGAGGGGCUGCUACUCAUCCCGCCCAAACAGCUGCAACACCACCAGCAGCAGCAGCAACAGCCCGGGCAGGGGUCGGUCGAGCCGUCCCAACCCGGAGGCCCCGCCGUGGCCGGCCUCGAGCCGCCGGUCAAGCUGAAGGAAUUGCACUUUUCCAACAUGAAGACCGUGGACUGCGUGGAGCGCAAGGGCAAGUACAUGUACUUCACGGUGGUGAUGGCUGAGGGCAAGGAGAUCGACUUUCGGUGCCCGCAGGACCAGGGCUGGAACGCGGAGAUCACGUUGCAGAUGGUGCAGUACAAGAAUCGCCAGGCCAUCCUGGCGGUCAAGUCCACGCGGCAGAAGCAACAGCACUUGGUCCAGCAGCAGCCGCCGCAGCCGCAGCCGCUUCAGCCCCAAAGCCAAGCCCAGCCGCAGCCCCAGCCCAAACCCCAGCCGAAGCCGCAGCCGCAGCCGCUUCAUCCCUACCCGCACCCGCACCCGCACCCGCACCCGCACGCGCACCCGCCGCCGCUCUCGCAGGCGCACGGCCGCCGGCUCCUCCGCAGCACCUCCAACUCGGCCUGAAGAGGGCAGCACCCGGCCCGGACGCGGUUUUGGGGACUUGAGGAAGCGGGACGAGCACCUUUCUGUUGUCUUCACUGGAUCGAGAACAAGUCUCCCCGCCGCGCACCAAAUCAAGUAGUUUGAACAGAACCCGACUGAUAACUCGUGAUUCCACUUAUUUUCUGCAUACUCUUCUUCACAAUGCAGGAAAGAUUUUGAGUCCAGAAGGCUUUAUUUAUGAACCUUUGAGAGGAUCUUCCAGUAUGGUGGACCUUCUAGGAGGGAUGAUGUACUGUAAUUUUAUUUUAAUGUAUUUUGACUCAUUAUUUAUUAGUUUGUUGUUUUUUAAUGCUUGUUCUGAGACAUUUCUGAAUGUAGGCCAUUUUCCAGAAAAGAAACUUUAUUUUCGAAAACCUAUCCUUACUAAGUUGUAGUCUUGGGAAAGAAGAAAGAAAAAAGGCGGUACAGAGGAACACAAGAAUUUAUUCAUUAUUCCUAGGGCAUUUUCAGAAGGUCUGACACUUCAUUGUUAUACCAGGUGGUUGAAAUUAAACUCUGUGAUAUUA